AUGGCAGAUAGCCCUAAACAUCACACUGUUGCAACGGGCCGCAUGUUCAAUUUACUGGGGGAGAGUAUGAUUCAUAAUGUGCCUCUCCCUGCUGAUCAUGUGAGGGUGCAGUUGAACACUGCUAUUGAUGCAAAUUAUGCCCUCCCAAUGCCCACCCCAGAUGCAAAGAUAGUGGCUCAAGCAGUGGGUAGCUUUGUUGCUUGGCCUGGCUGUCUUCUUACAUUAGGACAUCCUUCAAAGUCUAAGGGGAAGAAGAGCCUAUUGGUUGAUCACUCAUUAUCAUUGCCACAGAAGCAGCCCUCUGAGGCCGUUCAAGUGGUAUCAUCAAGAUUCCAAAUAUGUCUUAAGGAAUAUGCAGUUGGGGCUAGAUUAGAACAUAGUGAGGAUUUCAUGAUUCCCUUAGAGUUUGAGCCAGAGGUCUAUGGUCGACCCUUGUCAGAUUUCGUCACAAAUGAAGCAUUAAAAAGAAAUUCUGACGCAUGGAAUGGCCAGCACAAAUGCCUAUAUCUUUUCAAGAACUUUAUAGCCCCCAGUGGCCUUGAUGACAAGUUCAAGAUUAUCAGCCCCCACACUUUUGCUGGCCACGGACCUAAUAUGAAGAAAGACUUAUCCAGAGACUUGUUGGGUAUCUUCAUUUCUAGGGCAGCACCGGGGGCUCAGACUUUGUUUUUGGCGCCUUAUGGUCAAGGGGGACAAUGGACGCUGAUUGUGGUCAAUUCCACAAAGCCGAGGAUUUGUGAUUUAAGCUGGGUGUGUAAGAUGAUCAUGGGUGCUCUGUUUUUGGGUUGCUUGUGGGUGGUUUUGAUCUGUUUUGAUAUUAGUUCAGUGGCAAAGGAAGAAGAAGAUGAAGGUUUAAGUUACUGA